AUGGCUGGCGCUUACAACAUCGAAGAGCUACGUGAGCAGGUCGCUCGGGACACCGAGAUCUUCAAGGCCGAGAAGGCUCGCUUCUAUCGCCUCCAGGACAUGGCUUCAGCGGACAUCACGGAGACCGAUCGCAAUGCCAUCAUCAACUGGUCGAGAGCAUCCAUCUCCGACUAUAGCUCGGAGCUAGAACGCAUGGAGCUCAAGGCAACACCCACAAAAGAGGAGAAAGAGGUCAUGCGUGUGCUGAACCAGUUGAUCAUGCUCGGAGAUCAGAUUGCCGAGUUCAUGUCCCACUUCGUCGCCGAGUAUGAAGCUAAGUUCGGGCGUACGGGCACUGAUUCUGCCACCUUGCCGGAGGGUGCUGUGGUACGCCCGGACGGCAAGACCAUGGUGCCGAAGACGAUUAGAAACGCCGCUGAAACAACAGCUCCACUGCUCGAAGAAAUACCUAUCACUGCGUCUCACACGCUGUCUGCAGCUUCGCAGCGCUUGAUCCAGCCCGAAAUGUCCGCGAAUCCUAGCAUUGUGGUACAGCCGCCGUCGCAGUUCGCUUCACCACCAUCGGCACCGGAUGUCGUGCACCCAGAGAGACUUCCCAAGGUUGUCACAGCCGGUACUGAUCCCAAGGAAGCCAGUGAUCACGAUGCUGAGUCGGAGAACGUGGUGGAGGAAUCAAUAGAACCUGUCGACAUACUCAACAUGGACAAUGACCCUAAGGGCAUCUACAAGAUCUUGGGCCUUGCGCCGGACGCGACUAUGGUGGAGGUCAAAAAGCAAGUCGAUUGCAAUAAUGUCCCUUCCUUCUGA